AGAAAGGGUAAUAAUAACAAUAACAAAGAUUUUACUUUAACAAUAACUAACAAACUUAUGCUAUGAAAAGAAGAUGUGUACUCAUCCAAGCAAGAAUUCCCUUUACAAACGGCAACUAUAUUGCCAAACGACCACAUGAUAACUUGAACUCGAAAGUAAUACGAAAGAAAAGAAGUUUAAUAUUUAAAUAUUAAAUGAGAGGUGAAUUUCAAUGAAGUCAACGACAGUCAUGGAUCGCAUUCCCCCUUUGCCAAAUGACUUGGAGGCUUUGAUAUUUGACUGUGAUGGAACACUAGUGGACACAAUGCCAUUCCAUCUACAAGCCUGGGAACAGAUAUGCGAAGAAACUGGUUUGUGCUUUUCAAAAGAGUAUUUUAUGGAAAAGGCAGGAGUACCUGGCCGAGAAAUUAUACGAAGUCUCGCACGAGCAAAGGGUAUUCAUCUAGAUGUCACGAAUAUUUACAAUAGAAAAAAAGCUUUCUACAUGGAAUCAUUCAAGGGAGCAGCGCCCGAAAAUUUGCCCAUAACAUGUGUCGUGAAUUUUGCCAUCGAAGCAAAAAGUAGAAACGAGUCGUUAUUACUUGGAGUGGCGACUGGCAGUUCUCGUUUUCAGGUCGAAGAAGUGCUAGAAAUUGCUGGCCUUCGACAACUUUUCGAUGUUAUUGUUGGAAAUGAAGACUACACAAGACACAAGCCAAGUCCUGAUGCAUUUUUAACAGCAUGCGAAAAGCUGAAAGUAAAACCUGAAAAAUGCUGGGGAUUUGAAGACACGAAUAUUGGUCUGGAAUCAAUCGAAAAGGCAGGCUUCAAUAAAUCAAUCGAUGUUCGAUUGUUAACUGGUUAUCCAGCAUAGACCAAACAUGUUUCACGCAGAUUACUGAAAUCGAAGAAAAUAUUUUUCAAAUUUAUCAUCAAAUCUGAGGAUAAUUAAAUGAUGUGCUGAGCAUCACAAAAUAAAUACUUUUAAAUGUUAUGUGGAAUAAAUCAAUGCAAUUGUCUGCAUGCAUACUAGAGACAAAACAAAUGUGAAAAUAAGUAUUAGAAGUAUUAGACACAAUUUUAAUAAAAUGUUGUUGGUGACAUGGUUAA